AUGGCUCCGACAGCCGAUUCAGUGGCUUCGCCGCCUACCCCCGCCGCAGAAAAUGACCUCCAGCCUUUCUUUGUUCUUCACAAAGCAGCUCCGCCCCGAAAACCCACAGGAAAAACCCGAAGACGAAUCGACUUGUCGCCCAAAAAAGCUGAUGCCAAAGAAAAAGAUAAUGUACAAGUACUCGAUGACAACUUCCGAUUUGAAAGUUUUAACCUUCGUUGGUGCAAAAUCGAUUGCACUAUCAGGAACGUUUUGAGGGAAAUCAAUGCCCGUGUAUUUGAAGAAAUAGACCGGUGGGUUCGCGAGUCCUUUGAUGCAAUUCGUGCGUGUGGAGUGCCCAAUCUGGCUAGAGCCACUCGUCCACAUCCAAUUUUUAAUGGAGCUGCAACUUCUGCAUCUCGACAACUAUUCACCGCCAUACUUCUCACAAAAAAUGUUGAGUUUGUUGAUGAUGUACUUACUUUUGCGGACCUUGGUGUACAUUUGAGGUCCUGUGGAUGUCAUGUAGCUCAACUUACAUCUUUGGACUUCUCUGCCAAAAAUGGAGUUGGCGGAUGUCUUAAAACUUUAUUGAGACAGUUUCUCACUGUUGGCAUUGAUGCGCCUGAUAUUUCCAUCCUAGCAUCAUGGUACACUGAACAAGGGAAUUAUGAGAGCCCACUGGUUGUCAUAAUUGAUGAUGUGCAAAGAUGCUGUGGAUCUGUCUUGGCUGAUUUAAUCAUUAUGUUGAGGGAAUGGGUUAUUAAGAUUCCAAUAAUCUUAAUAGUUGGAGUUGCAACCCUUGAUGCUCUGAGAAACACACUUCCUUCAAAUGCUCUCCAGUGUCUGUCUCCUUGUGGGUUCACAUUGGGAACACCAACUGAAAGGAUGGAUGCAGUUGUUGAAGCUGUCCUUCUAAAACAUUAUCAUGGCUUCAGUAUUGGGAAGCAAGUGACAACUUUCUUGAGAAAUUUCUUCUUAAGACAUGAUGGAACGUUGACCUCUUUCAUUAGAGCUCUGAAGAUUGCUAUGGUUCAACACCUUUUAGUAGAACCUGUAAGUUUUGCACUUGAGGGGUUAAUUAAUGAAGAAGACACCAAGAGCUUUGGUGGUGAGAAUACUUUACUCAGAGAAGCUAUGAUCAAGCGGUGUCUUGAUCUUCCAUCAUACCAGAGGCCAAGUCGGUCUAACAGAAAUGGUGACAUCUGGGACUGCGGUUUGUCAGAGCUGAAGAGAUUCCGCAAGCUAUGGGUCUGUGUGGCUAUGUGUCUUUUUGAAGUUGGAAAGAAUCAUAAAAUUACCCUGUUAGACUUGUACUGUGAGAUGCUUGAACCUGAGAAGCUCAACUCCAGGACUUCUCGUCAUUUUGAAUUGGAAAAGGAUGAUCACUCUUUGUUUGGAGGCUUGCAGAAGGGAGAUUUUGUCCAUCAGAUAAUUCAGAUUGUGAGGGAUUUGCCAGCUAUGGAAUUAUGCAAGUUGCUUAAGAGUUGGGAAAUACUUACGAGAGGCAUCACUGAGAUAAAUGAAAAAGUAAAGGAGCUGCAGUCUCUGACAACAUUUGACGAGAAUCGUCCAAGACGAGACUUGACAGAGACAUCCAAGAGGCACACUGCUAAGAGCAAUAUAAAUGUGAAAAGGGAUGGAACCACAAUGAAGGAGAAAGUUGCUACAUUUGUAGAUUGUACUAUCAGGCAAUAUAUGCGGCCCAUUGAAAGUAUACCCUUCAAUGAAAUUGUCUUCUUCGAUAAUGUUGACAAACUUCGAACAGCUUUGAUUGGAGAUCCUAGAAGAAGAAUUCAAGCCGACCUUUUGGAGUCUCACAAAUUCCUCAAGUGUUCUUGCUGCAGCAAGAAUGGCAGUAUGCCAUCACCAUCCAUGCACGAUACGUCCAUACUGUAUACCCUUACUCAAGAACAUGGUGAUCUCAUCAAUCUUCACGACUGGUUUCAGUCUUUCAAAUCAAUCAUUUCUCAUCCUGGUUUGAAAGCCAAACAGAGGCUGAGGAUGUCACCAUCACCUAAGAAACGGAAAGGAUCCAAGGAACCUCGAAACAGAAGUGAUGCAUCGAUCCAAGCAGAGUUUUGCAGGGCAGUUACAGAGCUGCAGAUUACAGGGCUAAUUCGGAUGCCCAGCAAAAGACGCCCAGAUUAUUUGCAGAGAGUGGCUUUUGGACUUUAA